AUGAAGUUCACGCUUCUCUCUGGCCUCGUGGCCAAAGCCCUGUCCGUAUCCGCCGGCUCCAUUCUCUGGGAUGGCCGCUUCAACGAUCUCACCUCCGCCACCGACCUCAGCAAGUGGUCUUGGAGUAGCCAGGUCGGCCCCUACCAGUACUACAUCCACGGUCCGUCCGAGGUCACCUCCUACGUCAACCUCUCGCCCAGCUUCAAGAACCCGGCCGACUCGGGCUCCAGCCAGGGUGCCAAGAUCACCCUCGACAAGACGGCCUUCUGGAACGGCCAGACCAUGCGCCGCACCGAGCUGAUCCCCCAGACCACGGCCGCCAUCAACAAGGGCAAGGUCUUCUACCACUUCUCGCUCAUGCGCAAGGACACCAACGCCCCUGCCCUCACCCGCGAGCACCAGAUCGCCUUCUUCGAGAGCCACUUCACCGAGCUCAAGUCCGGCUGGCAGUCGGGCGCCUCUGGCACUUCUGAUCCCCUGCUGAGGUGGUGCAUCGGUGGCCAGACCAAGUGGAGCGUCAACUGGGACGCCGACGUGUGGCACAACGUUGCCUACGAGAUCGACUUUGAUGCCAACACUGUCGGUUUCUGGCACUCUACCGGCAGCGAUGCCCUUACCCAGGUUAUUGCUCCUCAGGCUGCCGGCACCAGCAGCAACGGUGCUGACUGGCACGUCGGUGUUCUCGAGCUUCCCCGUGACGGCUACGCGGAUGCUACUGAGGAUUUCUACUUUUCGGGUGUUUACAUUGAGAGCGGCAGCAUCACCACUUCCGUUGCUGGUCCUGGUACCGCUGCCCCCGUCAAGCCUUCCACCUCCUCUGCCUCCUCUUCUACCACCGUCGCUGCCGUGACCAGCGCCAGCGCCGCUCCUGCUGUCACCACCUCCAAGGCUGGAACUAAGACCUGCACUCGUAAAUCCAGCGCCGCUCCUGCUGCCACCACCUCGGCUGGCUCGUGCACUGCGGCUCGGUACGCCCAGUGCGGUGGUAAGGGCUUCUCUGGCUGCACGGCUUGCGCUUCCCCGUACAAGUGCAACCUUGUCAAUGACUGGUACUCCCAGUGCUACUAAGCUGUUGCAGUUGCAGCAGGGGAGUUCUUGGUAGAUAGUUGAUGAGGUGGAUGUGGAUUCAUGUACAUACUAUUUAUUGUUCGCUUCUUGUUCAUACUUUUAUUUGACGUAAAUACACUUGUUUGCUCAACA